UCUGUGGUUUGUUUAUUUUUCUGUUUUGUGAUGGACUGCAGUCUGCAGCUGACUGUUCAGUUCUUUCACUUGUUUCAAUUUCGAAUUACGUUGUGAUGUAGUUUUUAUUGUUUUGUUAUCGUUAGUAGUUUGUGUUAGUGUUGAUUAAAUAUUUGUUCAGUGAAAAAGAGGCGCCAAAUACAAAAAUAUUUAGGUUAUAGCUACCUAGUUUUUAUGUGAUAAUAAGGAUAUUAUUUUGUACAGGGGCCAAUUUCCUAAUUAAAAGUAAUAUCUUAUAUUACUAGAAAAUAGCAGCAAGUUUUCUUUUGUUAAAUUAAAAUGGAAGAUACAGUGCCAGAGGACGGUCCUUCUUCUGUGAAAGAAAAUACACCACAACCAUGGUACAAAAUCAUAACUGUAGAACCUGUUAUGUUUUUCUAUAUGAUGGCUUUCAUGAUAACAAGUGUUAUAGAACAGACAUUCUAUGUGUUCCGAACGUGUACAGUGAAUCAUGGUUACAGUGAAGAGAUCUGCUACGAUAUAAGUAAAUACAGUGAUAUCAAUAAAGAAGUUCAGGUUACAGUGUCAAUAUUCCACCAGUGGAACGGCAUCGCUGGCCACGUGGUGCCGUUGUUACUGGCGUUCUUCCUCGGGAGCUACAGUGACAAGCGAGGGCGGAAGGUACUGCUAUGCGCUGGCCUGCUCGGGAAGCUUUUCUUUUCGCUGAUGAUCACACUGAAUACUAUGAAACAGUGGCCAAUAGAGUAUGUAAUAUAUACAGCAACAUUCCCUAGCGCUCUAACCGGCGCGGAUCUGUCAAUAUUCGCGGGCUGUUUCGCGUACAUCGCGGAUGUGACGUCAGUGCAAAGCAGAACGCUUAGAGUGGGCAUACUGGAUGUAGUCUACUUGAGUACUAUGCCUACAGGGGUCGCUAUUGGUAACCUAUUAUACACUAGGGUUGUAAACAAAUCGUUUACAGCAAUGUUCGCAAUCAAUAGUUGCCUCAUGCUUGUUUCCACGAUAUACUGUUUCGUCUUCCUCGAAUGGCAGACGAGGCCGGAGCAACAGUCACUGAGAGAGGCUCAAGUCACGAACCCUAUAAGAGACUUCUUCGACUUGAGCAAUAUCAAACAAACGAUGGUAACUUUGACGAAGAAAAGAUCGAAUAAUAGGAGACUGUUUCUAUGGUUCCUGCUCAUUUCCAUGGCCUUCUAUACAUUCCAAAGAGAUGAAAAGCAAGUUAUGUAUUUAUACACAACAAACGUGUUCGAAUGGGACGCCACUGCCUUCAGUCAUUUUAGAACGUACUUGAGCACCGCCUAUGUGAUCGUUAUGCUUUUGGUCAUACCGCUUUUUACGAAAAUAUUAAACUGGAGAGACACGAUAAUUGUAAUGCUCGGGGCAGCGGCGCAUAUGGCGGGCCACUUUACCUACGCUCACGCACAAACGGGCUCUACUAUGUAUAUAGGCGCCACGGCUGCUGCUUUGGGACCUUGCGUCGCUCCUCUGAUACGAUCUAUGACGUCAAAAGUGCUCGCACCUUCUGAAAGAGGGGUGGCAUAUGCAUUCCUGUCUGUAAUGGAGAACGCGGUGGCCAUGUUCGCUUCUGUGAUAUACUCCCAGUUAUACAACGCUGUUCUCAAUACACCGUACAUCAACGCAAUAUUCUACCUCACUAUGUCCACGCAAGCAGUCGUGUUCGUACUAUCGCUGGCAAUGGAACUAAUGCUGAAAGGAAGGAGACUUGACACGCUGUUGGAUCAAGAGUCCAUAAAUAUAUCCGAGGGUUCGUCUUGACCAAGUUUGAGCUCGAAAAUAAAACAACAAUUUGGUUCCUAUAAGUUUAUUCAGUUAAAAUAUGCUGGAUUAAUAGUGAAUAGUUUAAUAGUGUGCAUUUACUUACAGUGUAGACUUGUUAGUAGGAGACGUGUUGUGUCGAUUUUUCUUAUUGAAGUUUUCUUAUGAUAUUAGUUAUACUGAAAACUCGAAUAGAUUUUCUUUGAACAUUUUAAUAUGGUAUUUUGUUAAUUAGUUGUUAUCAUUUUUGACAUUUUUAUCAUUUAGUCUAGCGAUUGCUAGGUACUCGUAACUCGAAUAGAUUUUAGUCGAUUAUAUAUUUAAUAUGAUAUUAAUGAACUCGAUUUUUUUUAAAUCGCUACGUUAUAAGUUAAGGCUAUAUUGUAAGUAAAUGCUCACUUCACAGAUUAUGCUAAGUCGGCUAUAGACAUACAGAAUGUCAAUUGUGAAAAUCCUUAACUCACUAUUUUAUACUGUUUAUUAAGUGUAAGAGAAGUUUUAAUAGGAAAUUAUUAAACAAUUAUUAUUUCGUUACAAAAAUAGUUUAAUUUUAUAAAAAACAGACCUAUAAAUAUAAAACAAUGUCGUAAUAGUUGGAAAUGAGAAGUUAACGAUUAAAAAAAGUUAGGAAAUCGAUUAAAUUAUAAAAGGAAACUGUCGAACCUGUCGAAACAUUUCGUGAGAUUACGGUGCAGAGACAGAGAGUAGUUAGUAAUUCCUGGGAGAAGAGAAAGUACACACACAACACCGAUCACUAUGACAUUGAACAUCGAUACAUCGAGAUUAACAUGCGUAUAUUAGAUGAGUAAAUUAAGCAAAUGCCCGUCCGCCGUGUUGUGUCAGGGGAAACUUGCUUCACAAACCAAUAAACCCCGCCGGAAAGACUUCAACACUCUUGUAAACUUCGGCCUACUUGCACAAAGAUGGUUAAACUGAUUUAGUUCAAGUUGGUAAUGCUGCCACUUUAAAGCAAGACCACAAUGUGGUCGCCAAAAAGUGACAGCAUUAGGAAUCCUUAUCCAAAUGGACAUUGUAGUCCAAUGAUUUAAUUGGAAUUUUAAAACGCUCGCCAAUAGUUCUGUUUUCCCCUCACCUUACAAAGAAAUACCUUUUCCGUACAUUUAAGUUACCACGCCAUCAAAUGGAACAUCGAAUAAGAGCAGCAGCUCGAAUCUUCGGGUCGAACGUAAACGUAUGCAUUUCUAACUCGAAUAUUUUUGCUCGAUGUUAGAACAUUAGUGGUCAUGGAGAGAUGUAUCCGUUUACGCCGGGCCCGCUAUACGGCCGACCGCACCACAAACUCGCUUGAAAGCCCAUGGGGGCAAAGUGGUGUAAGAGAGAAUGUAGUGCAACUGGCCGUAUGACAAAGGGCAGGGGCCCUAAUAAAAUCCAUCUUCAUUAAAUCAACGAGCAUCCCUAGCGCCUUUCGAAUCAGACACAACACUAGCGCGGGCCCAGCAGGCAUUAAAACGUGAUUACAUAUUGAUAAAUAUACUGUAAAUAUUACGAAUAUUGAAUUGAUUAUAUCUAUACUUUCUGUUAUCCUUCUCUCAUACUCCAAUCCCUUCAAUAAUUGUCAGUAAUACUAGAACAUCAAUGUAGAUUUUCUAGUACUACUUAUUGGAGGAACGAAAGUUAACCUAAAUCAAACACAAGUAAUGUAACAUCAAUAAAGCUUAAUCAAACGUAACCCUUAAACAUUAUUAACUAACAAAGUACUUACGAGUCACAUAAAGAUUAAUGAAAUUAAUAAGUACAUCUAAAUUAAUGGAAAUAUUAUGGGAACCGAAUACAAAACAAGUAUAGUAGAAUAAACAGCCGGAUCAGAAUUUACAAUAAUAAUCAGGUCGCUUCACUUAUUUAUUCGCUCUUAAAUUAUUAUAAUCCAUGAUUGAUCUCUCAGCUAUUUGGUUUAUUGUUUUUUCAUUUUCUUAAUCCGACUUUUGUCUAAACAUGUCACUAAUCGAAAGAUCAUGACCUUUGUAUAAUUUGAGAACCUGUGUUGUAUUGCCAGUUUUUUGUAAUUACUCAAUCAUAAUAUAUGGUUAUAGGAAAUUAAGGAAAAAAUUCAAUUAUAACCACUCUGUUCGAUUUAGAUAGACUUCGAAAAAAUUAACAUUAUCUACAAUCGAGUUGGGAGGAUGUGUAGCUUGACGGACCCACAUCACUCCUACGCAACUUUUACCUAAUUUUACGAAAUUUCUCUGUUUUAGGUUAAACCGUAGUGAUUUAUUUAAGG